AUGGAGCACGAGAGCGGCUGGGGGUCUGGGACUCAGAUAAAGGGGUCUGGGUUUGCGUGCGUCCAGCUGAAUUGUGUAGUGACACGUGGGAGUGUGUCGGACGGUUGUGAAACGCUGGCCGGAGGAGCGGCAGGAAGAGCAGAGAGAGAUAGCGAAUGUUCAUCCAUCAGUUAGAUGAACUAGGGCUGUUUAUAAACACAGGGGCUGCUGGGAAUCUUCUAAUGAGGCCACUCAUUCACAUCGCGCAUGAUCAGUCAUUAUUUCGCUUAAACUGCUCCUCACUCCCUUUAUGGGAUCUUUGUUUGAUUGAGUUUAACGUUUACGGCAACAGGGCAGUUGAGUUUUCUCAUUAUGGUGGCAGGAUAAUGUUCAACGUUUCGUUUUUGUGUGUGUAUUAUCGACUUUCCUGUGUUUAAAGUUGCACAGAUAUCGGUAUGUGUUUGAAUUAAUGGUUUGCGUUGGAGGGACGCGCUGUUUGUUUUACGCAUGUGUGUUUGGCAAGUGCUGGAUGUCCAGGCUGAACUGCUGUCAACAUCACAAACGCAAGAGAGAUCCAGCACACGCAACAUCAGCGCUGCAUGAUCCGGGCCAUCUCUGUGAAGAGUAAGAAUCCAGUGAUCAGAUGAGAGAAGGGACAGAUCCUGAGAUGAGCAUGUCUGUCAGCGGCUACCUCACCACCUCAGAUGCCUUUGACAUCACAGACCAUUCGCAGUACUAUGAUGUUCUUGUGGAUCCUCUGAGCUGCUCUUACCAGGAACCGGAUCUACAAAGCCCUCUCUAUGGCCAACAACCAUUUAGUCCUGUCAACGUGCAGUUCUCCAUGUACGGGGCGCAAAAUGUUCCAGCAUGCAACCCGCCAUACCCCUACAGCCAUCAGUGCUCUGAAUACACCUGUGAGCCUGAUAUGGAGGUCCAAAGCUCAAACAGCAGAGCCAGCAUUGUUGGUCUUCCAGUGCAAAGACCCAGAAUGGGCCACGGAGCUCGAGAAGGCCAGGAUGAGCUGUGUGUGGUGUGUGGAGAUAAAGCCUCGGGAUAUCACUACAAUGCCCUCACCUGUGAGGGAUGCAAAGGUUUCUUCAGACGCAGCGUGACUAAAAAAGCUGUGUACCACUGCAAGAGUGGCGGAAGCUGUGAGAUGGACAUGUACAUGCGGAGAAAGUGUCAGGACUGCAGACUGCGCAAAUGCAGAGCCGUCGGGAUGCUGGCAGAGUGUCUGCUUACAGAAGUGCAAUGCCAAUCAAAGAGACUGAGGAAGGGCUCCAAACACAGAGGACACAAUGGAUCAUCAGCAAGAGCUGAAGACGACUACUCUGAAAGCAGAAGCGUCUCGUCCACCAGCAGAAUCAACACACGGGUAUCAUCUGGUUUCUCCAGAGAGCAGAGAUGCAUUCUGAAUAGAAUUGUUGAGGCUUUUCGUAGAUACAUAAUUCAGGACAACACUCACUGUCGGGUACCUCUAUGGUCCAGUUUAACAAAUACCCAUCUGACUCCACCUCAGACAGAGAAGCUUUUGCAGUUUUUGAGGAGCGUACCUGGGUUUGAUCUUUUGGAUAGUUCUGACCAGAACACGCUUCUCUCCAGCGCUUCGGUUGAAGUUAUGUUCCUACUCCUAGCUCAACAGUUCUCUGAGAACCCGACAAGUGUUAGCACUGCUUUAUACCCAGCAAAUCUGAAUAACUCAAACCCUGAUUGGGUGAAAACUUUAGAGUCCAAGAAUGGGAACAGCCACAGGAUACUGACACACUCAGGGUUGAAUGAUGAGCUCUUGAGAUCUGUGGUAAAUUUCCUUCAUAGCAUGGUGACGAUUGCAGUAACCGAGGCUGAAUAUGCACUUCUAACAGCGACUGCAGUUUUGUGUUCAGGUUUGUGGAUUAUGAUCAACACAUCCUUGACUUAUUUCCAUGGCAAUCUUCACAUGACAACACAUUUUGUCAGACUAUUUAUUUGAAGGUUGAACAACAAAUUACAUCAUAAACGUUUAGAUUACAUGCGUUAUAUUUGACCUGUUUCUUGAAUGUGCGAGGCUUCUGGUGUCAUCACUUUUAUGCUGUUGUCAUGCUACUUUGUAUUAAAAACUCACAUUUGUUUUCUAAUGAAAUUUAGCACAUUUUAUUGCAACAUGUAAACAACUUGUGAUAAAACCUCCUGGGUGCUCUAUGAAAGCAUAUAGACAAGGCCUGAGCAAUAUAUUGUUUCAGCAGCAAUAUCGCAAUGUAUGCAUCUGUAUUAGUCAAAUCGCAACAUAAGCAAUG